UGUAUUCAGAAUCGUACAGACUGUUUAAUACACGAUGUGUAUGUAUGGUAUACAUUUGAAUGUCGCUUGUCGAUGCCAAACUGUUUAUCUGUGACCGCGUGUACCGCAUAUUAUUGAGAAUUAAAAUAAUUUUUAUUUGCACAUAAUUUUCGACAUUCGAUCGCGACAGCAAAAAUGUCGUCAGCCUAAAUUUAUAGAUUUUGUCUGUGAACAUUGUAAUACAAUCAAUUCAAGUGUAUGUCGUCAUCGUCAUGUUUUCUUAUAUCAAAGUUCAUUUGUUUACACGAGACAACGACUUCAAGUGAAAUGAAUAUGUCACAAUAUCUAUAUUUCAUGAAAAAUUCAUUGAAAGCGACAACUAUGGUCGUAUUGUUGAAAUAAAAUUUGUUCAAAAUUAUUUACAUCGUACCCACAUGAAUUCGAAUAUGCGAAAUUGUAAUAUUUUAAUCAGCUGAUUUGAUUUCAUUGAUGUAAGUAUUGCAAAACAGUGUCGUUUACGGUCGAAACAAGAAGAAGAAAGAAGGUUGAUAACAACAUAUGCGGAUUGAAACGCAUUUAAGCGUAAAUUAUACUCACUCAACAACGACUCAUAAUUCUCACGCCCGUUUAAUUGAUUAUCAAAGUCAAGUAAAUUAUAUAAAACGUACACAACAACACAACGAAUAUACAUGAUUCCAGUGAUUAAAUCGCUACUGUGAAAGCAUACAAAAAGUCAUAGCAUAAUUAUUUUCAUAAAUCGAUUCGUGUAUUGCAUUCAAUUUACCACCAAACUUUUACCGUGACACAUUUUUUUACACCUGCUGCAUACUUUUACUUGUGAAUUGUUGUUUUCACAACGAAAAAACGACAAAAAAUGGACCGAAUCAUUCGGGGAAUUAUGCGAUACAGACACACGACCCGAGAACAAAUGGUCCAGGAAUUCAUCAAAGUGAAAAAUGAUCCACAUCCAAAAGCAGUGUUUUUCACGUGCAUGGACAGUAGAAUGAUUCCGACCAGAUUUACUGAGACACAUGUCGGCGAUAUGUUUGUUGUGAGAAAUGCUGGGAAUUUAGUUCCGCACGCGCAACAUUUUCAAGAUGAAUAUUUUAGCUGUGAACCGGCCGCACUAGAAUUGGGUUGCGUUGUAAAUAAUAUUCGGCAUAUAAUUAUUUGUGGUCAUAGUGAUUGUAAAGCGAUGAAUUUGUUGUAUUCAUUACGUGAUAAAGAGAAAGCAUCGGCCGAUCAACGAAGGAUAUCACCAUUGAAGGCUUGGCUAUGUGCACAUGCCACUGAUUCGAGUUUAGAUCGAUUUUUAAAGUGGCAAGAAGCUGGCAUGAAAGAUCCACUGAUUUUUUCGUCGGAAACGCCGCUGCGGAAAUUCAUCGCUUACAUUGAUACAGAGAAUAAAUUCGGCAUUGAAGAUAAAUUAUCACAGAUCAAUACCUUGGAACAAUUGUCAAAUGUUGCAUCGUAUGGAUUUUUGAAGCGACGGCUCGAAACCCAUGAUUUACACAUUCAUGCACUUUGGUUUGAUAUUUACACCGGUGACAUUUAUUAUUUCAGCCGCGGUCAAAAACGUUUUGUUGAAGUAAAUGAGGAAAAUUCACAACAAAUCAUCGAAGAAGUGAAUCGAUUUUAUUCAUGAGCCAUUUUUUCUAUAAAACAUUACUACUGCCUUACUAGAUGUAUACUAUUGUUUAUGAACAAAUUUGUUAACAUUCGAUUAGACUUAAAUUCCAUGUGUGUAUAUUUAUAUUUGAGCGAAUAACAAAGUGGGCCAAAGGUCGGUAA